UUUAUAUAUCUCUCACUCUGUAUCAACUUUCCUUUUAGAGUUGUUUUAAAUCGUUUUUGGCUAAGUUUCUAAUCGUAAGGAUGUGAUCGUGAUUGUAUGAAAGAUUUUGUGGAGAUUAAACGUGAUCUGCUGAGAUGUUUUGAAAAGCCACUAAUCAGUAACUGUAGCCCUUUGUGUAAGAUUAUCUGAUGCGAUCUACAAUGAGAAUAACAUAGUGGUGCACUGCUGUACUGGCAUCAGCAACACUGACGUCCUGUCGACGUGGUAAAUUCCGCGUAGAGUCAUACUAGGACGUCUUUCAAAGCACUGUCCGAAAUGCUGGAAUUGGUUUCCUAAAGAUUUUCCUUGGACUAGUCAGCCCUCUCAGUCAUCGACUUAUCGCAUCUCUGAAAAAUGUCAGAUUCAGAAGACAGCUUUCACAGCGUGGAAGAAGGCGCUGAAGAUGUUUGGACGCGGGACGAAGAAGUGGAUUCGGAAAUCGAAGCGCAGAACGAAGAAAUCAGGAAUACUGUUAUCCCGGGCAAUGAGCCAGAUUCCCAGGAGCCAGCUGAAUCACUUCCUAGCUCUAGUUCAGAAACGGAAUUCUUAAAAACUGAUUUACCGGGGCUCGUGCGCAGUGAAGAAAGAAGUUUCUCUGCUCCUGCUGGACUAGACCAAGGCGACACCCAGCAUGCAGAAUCUGCGUUGACAAGUGAAAAACUUCCAGCGAUUCAAAAGAGUGCCCCUGCUAUUCCUGUGAAGAACGAAAAGGGUGAUACCGACCGCUUUCCGAAUCCUCUGACCUUGCGCUCUAUAUCCGAAACGGAAUUUAUGGAAGAAUGCAUGGACAAUCCAUGGGAUGAGGAAUGUCGAGAUUUAGAUAAACUGAUAAUCUCCGCGCCGGACAGCCCGUCGGUGCAGUCCGACAAAGACAGUAACAGUGAAACGAAGGAAUGGGAUAAACUGAGUACCAACGGCACAGACAACGGCAGUGCGAAAGCCGCCAUCAAGACUGCAGGAAAAGAAACUGUUGAUCAGAGUUUAUUAGAUGAAUGGGAGAAAGGAUGGGAUGAUAUGGAGUUAACCGAGGAGGAUUUUAUACCGGUUGCUCUGCCGCCUACAGUUUUGCAUCCGAGACCGGUUCUAUCGGAGACAGCAAAAACCAUCUUAGAGGAGAGAGCUCAGGACGUGUCCAGUCCAUUGAAAGCUCUGGUGUCUCCUCCUCCGGCACCCCCGGAAGCAAGCACUAGUGGCGGGUUGCUGUCUAAAUGGGGCGGAUGGGGAACGUCGUUGUUAUCGACAGCCACAGCAUCGGUCUCCACGUUAUCCAGUCAGGUUGGACAAGGACUGAAUGCUGUUUUGGAAACCGUGGAACAGGGACUUGGCGCUCCGAAGCCAGAAGAACUGGCCUCCAUGGAUAAAAGUAGCGUGGAAGAAAAAAGUCCCACCGAAGCUGCGCAAUCUCCGGACGUGGAUACCGGAUCGAGCUGGCUGUCAGGAAUAACGGCGAAAGUACAGACGGGAGGUUUGACCUUGGUUUCCGGUAGCCUGGAUGUUUUAGAGGGCAUUGGAAGAAAAACUAUGGAUGUAAUUAAAGAACGGGACCCGGGAUUACAACAGACUAAAGCUCUAUUAAAAGGAAAGAUCAAUCAACCGAAUCUUUCUGAGGUUUUACGGGAUGCUAAAAGUACGAAAUCUGUCGCGGCUGGUAAAAGUCACUCUGUCUCAAGGGACGAUCAAGUCUCAUUUGUGCAGUUUUUCGAUGAGGAACAAGGAGCAGGAUCUUGGGAGGCUCUGGAAAUACUGAGCCAGCAGUGCGAUGAGCGCCUGCAACAGCGAUUACAAACGCGUUUGGAUCUCGAAACAGAAAAGUGGCUGCUGGAAAUCGAAAAGCUCUGCGUUCUGUUGGAUAAUGAAGAUUCCCCUCGAGAUAGAAAUUUUGUAGAGACAAUUCGGAAGGAAUUCCAUUCUCUGGGUGUUGGUAUUCCGGAACCACAUAAACUGAUUUUUGUCCAUUCAAAAGCCGAAGAGUUCCUCAAUGAGCACUCUAAAGCACCCGAAUCGGAUGUUGACCUUUGGUGCCGCAAUGUCCACAAAAACGCCGUGCGCACUUUCGCUGCAUGUACAGCGAAGUCUCUUGAACAAAUAAGGAAAAUUACAGAAAUGAUUUACUUAAAUGGUUCCAGCGGGAAGCAGGAUGGGAUUCUACUUGUACAUCGCGUGAAAAUCGUGCGUGAUAUCUUGCAGAGUUUAUGCGGGGAAGUGGACAAAUUAGCCAAUCAGUUUGCCGGCUGUUUGGCUUUGGGAAAAGGCGCUGCAGUGGAUUCGAGCAAGAUGCAGAAAGAUAUUACUGCUCGAAUUACGGAUAUUUUUGUCGAAUCAGCCAAUAGCAGUCGAUAUUUGCAGGAUGCCUUGGUGGCGCUGACGCCGAUUUUUAAAUUAUCUUACCUGGAUAGUCUGAAUGCUCCAGAAAAGCGUACCGAAUAAGCUUUUGGUUGAAUACGUUGAUACUUGAAGGUUAUGCAAAGCCGGUUGGAAUUUGCUUGCCGAAAACAUUGUGUAUUUUAUAAUUCAGGAAAACAAGAAGGUCCGGCGCGGCGCCUAACUGUGAGUUGUGUAGGGUGCGAAUGGAAAAAUAAAAUUUUUACUUUGUUUUUUGUGCCAUUUGUAACCGAAUAAAGAAUGGUUUACUUAGACUAUAUGUGUCAAAUUAUUUUGACUACAGGUUCCAGAUUUCGGGAGUGACAGCUUCGAAUAACGUUUUGUUUUCUGUUCCCCUUUUCGUAAAGUCGGUUUACAAGA